CGGUCGGAACAUUGAAACAGAAACGCCGAAUUCAUGGCAAACCCACCAAACCUAAUUCGGAAGAUGGUCAGCGGGCAACGGAUACGCUUUACCGAGGAUGGCUACAAUCUGGAUCUUUCGUACAUUGGCGACAGAAUCAUUGCCAUGGGCUAUCCGGCGGACAACGUGGAAGCAAUCUAUCGCAACAAGCGGGGGGAUGUCGUCAAGUUCCUCAAGGAGAAGCACCCGGGCUGUUGCAAGGUGUACAACCUGUGCUCGGAACGUGCAUACGAUGCAACCCUCUUUCAGCAUUACGCCGAGUACCCGUUCAAGGACCACAACCCACCAGACAUCGAGUUGAUUAACAAGUUCUGUGAAGACGUGGAUCAAUUUCUGCGAAGCGACAGUCGCCACGUCGUGGCGAUCCACUGUAAGGCUGGCAAGGGACGUACGGGUACAAUGAUUUGUUGCUACUUGCUGUACAGCAACGCCUUCCAGACGGCCAACGAAGCACUGACGUACUACGCGGAAAAGCGCACAAAGGACAAAAAAGGGGUGACCAUCCCAUCGCAGCGACGGUAUGUCGAGUACUACGAGCAGCUGCUACGCGGCAAGCCAGGAAACUACCAGGACGUCACGCUCUAUAUAUGCGAAAUUCGCAUAAGUCCGGCAGACGUUCCGCUCAAGUCCGGUACGAUCAAGGUGAAGGGUAGCAAGGAGGCACACCCGCUGACGGAUUUCCAGCGGUCAGACGACUACGUUACGGUGCAGCUCAAUUUCUGUCUCCCGCUAACGGGUGACGUGAAGAUUGAAUUUGCGUGCUCGAAGAUACAGGACAAACGGUGGCACUUUUGGUUCAACACAUUCUUUGUGGAGCGAGCAGGACACUAUGACUCCCAAAAUCGGUUGGUGCUGUCGCUGACCAAAAAGGAAAUCGACGAUGCCCACAAAGGAAACGCCAGAAGGUGCCCCGAACAGGUGAUUGUUUUUCUGAGGCCGGUGCCGACCAGUGAGCGUAAGAAUGGUGAAAAGCAAUCCUCAGCGAACCGCGAGCUUGCGACAAUACCGACCACCCAACAGGCUCCCUUGGUCGACAGUGGCAAUCAAAACCAUCACCAUCACUACUACAGCCAUCAGCAGCAGCAGCAGCAGCAGCUACAGCAAAGACAUCAUCUCGCGCAGAUGGAAUCGCUUACCCAAUCUCAGCAACAGCAUCGCAGUAGCGUCAACAAUCGGUCAUCGAUGGGAGGUGGCCAGCAAAACAGCUGCAUUUACGGAAACAUCGGGCACCCGGACAAUGGUGGACUCCUGUCAAUCGCCAACCCUAUGGGAAUGAAGCAGCAGCAGCAGCAGCAGCAAGCCGUCUACGCCAUUCAGCAGCAGCCCGAUGCAGCUUCCGCUUCCUCUCCCACGCGCAAAUUGAGCUACAAAAAUCAGCAACCGCCGGCGGUGAACAAGAUGCCACACAAAGCACCGCAACAGCACCAUAACAAUUCCGGUGGCUCAUCCGAGGAAAUUUCCGGCACCGAUUCCGUCGAGGAGGAAGAAAGGGAGGACGACGAUGAUGAGGAGGAAGAGGAAGAGGAGGAAGGAUGGGAGUCCGGUGAGUGUCAAACAGUAGUAGUCUCAGAUUUGUGCAAAUCCCGACCAACAGCGACGUCCACCACCACCACAACAACACCAACAUCCUCCGCAAAAUCCAAAACCAAACCCGCCCAAAGUAGUAGUACUAGUAGCUGCGUUCCGUCGGUGCCAGCAUCAACAGCCCCAGCAACAACAACAACAACAGCAACAAUGACCACGAACAACGCCAACAUCAUGAUCCCAACCAAGUCCUGUGCCUUCCCUUCCGUGUCCGCUUCACGUUACUAUAGUGACGAAAACUAUCUGCUCACCGGUAGUCGUUGCCUCAUCCGUAGUAGUAAAGGUAGUGGCCCUCUUCCCCCCGCUGGCGGCACCCCGGCCGACGAGAACUGUCGUGGUAGUAGCAAGCAUAGUUUUAGUCCUAACACCAACAGUCGUACCCCCCAAUUGGUUCAGUUCCCGUCCCGAACCGUCCCCUCGAACGAUCUUCUUCCGGCGGUAGUGUGCGAGUUAACGGGUGGGAACGGCAGCACCGGUGCGGACGGUGACCAUAGCAGCGGGACAGUAUUCUGCCGCGGUCAUCCUUUGCGAACCACAUCCAUCCCGCUCACCGGCACCACCGGAAUUGGUGAGCGAAAGAAAAAUGAUCAUCGUGAGUUGAUGCUGUAUGAACCACGAUCAUCGCUUCUUCCCUUUCCCUCCGGCGGUACGGUGGACGAUGAUCAAGAACUGCAGGAAUCUCACAUUUUGCUAUCACCACCCUGCCUUCCAAACAACUCCUUGCCCAAAGGAUCGUCGCCUUCAGUUGCCACCGUUCCUACCGGGGCUUCCGGUAGUGCCGGUGACGGAGCUGCUGCUUGUGGUGGUGGUAGUAAGCUAACAACAACGUGGUCAUCGCCGCCGGCGUCCUCAUCUCUAUCGCCCUUCCGGCGGUUCGGUAUGGCCAUGAAACGGCGCAAGAAAAAGCGCGGCUCGUUGAAGCUCAAACACGGCGCUGGUGGUGCCGCGGUGACCAUUGGCGCGGGAACGGGCGGCAGCAACCCUCUGUAUGGGUCAUGUGCCAGCAACCUAUCGGCCGAGAGCAGGACCCGCACCAAUAGUGGCAGUGCUGGAGUGCUGGUGGCCAACAACGGCACCGGCGGCGGCAGAACGAGAUUCCGUUUGCUUCGGAACAUGCGUAGCAAUCCGAGCCUGAAGGACACGUUAGUGAAGAGUGUGAAGGUCCGAUCGGUUGACAUGAAGCACGGGGAGCGACCGGAAGCGGAACCAUUGCCGUCCUCUGCCUGUGCCACGCAAAUACCACGCAGCCCGACGACCAGCAUUCCGAGCGGUAGUGGUGCAAAUCCUUUCGCUCGGAGCACACCGGACCAUGGCGGGCGACGACCGGCUACGGACGGUGGCACCAGUAGCAAGGAGAUCGGUAGCAGUAACAGCAACACCAACCAUCCCACCGAUUACUACUCAUUUCUCUGUGAUAAUCAGCUGAGCUACGAGUCACCUAGCAAAAGUCCGGGCCAUUUCCUCGGUGGCGGACUGAUGGGCCGUAGACCGUCCACCAUCGAGGAGGUCUUGCUGAGCGACAGCACAGCGACGACCACCGCCGUCGCCGCCGCCACCGCCACCGUCGAGUGUAGCGUGGUGGUGAAACCGAGGGCGACGAAUGUAAAAAUAGGAUUCGAUGUUGGUCCGCCGGCUCCGUCAUCGUUACCGGUAGCUGAAACGGAUGCUGGUUCGCCAACACUCGAAAGUUCUUUCGAGAUCAUCGAUAAGUGUGAUAUUGAUGAUGCUAUGUCGAAUGGUGUCCUGCCCGGUGCCGCAGCAACCGGCCCCGAGGAUAGCAACAGUCCGAUUCUUGCCCGUAGCAACCGCUGCGCUCCGUUCUCGUUCCGCGAGAUACGACAGGAGCUGCGAGCGGCUAUGAACUGGCCCCCAAAACGGACCCAAUCUGCCGCCCUCGCGUCAACGGUCACCGCCGACAGCAGCGCCGUGCGCUCGAUCGAACGCACACUGAGUGCGCCUGUAGAAGUACAAAGUCUCAGCUCGGUUACUACUACCACCACCACUGGCGGCAGCAGCAGCAUCACAAACAGUAGUACCUUCGCCGAGAGCAGCGUCCCUACCUUAGCUAAUCGCCCACUGAACCGAUCGCUCUCCGAACGCCAACUGGCUACUAUCUACCAUCACAAACUACCUACCAUCGGUCAGCAGCACUACCACCACUUUUACUACGCUAACCAUCUUCUUCCAUUCGUCGAUAGACCACCAAAAAACUAUCAGUUCGAUAAGAUCCACCACAACCGCAAGCGCUCACCAGCAUGUCCGACAACCGGUGCCACUGGACCGUUAGCGCCAGCACAACCACCAAACCGGGCUGAACCGAGCUGUUCCUAUCGCCCGUCCUCGCCUCCGCUCGCUGGCCCGGACGAUGGAGCCAUUGGGCUACUGGCGGUCAAGAAAAGUCCACCGCUCACGGGUGGCGUCAUUAACCGGACGCUCAAGAAAGUGACACACCAACUGGAACGCUUUAACCAUCGUAAGCUGUUCGGACUGAUGGGUGCCGCGAAGUGUAAACAAGACGAUUCUGCUGCAGCGUGCCGCAGCGACGGGCCCUUGAAUGGUGGCCCUGUGGCUGAAGCACGGCCAUCGGAACCGGCGGCGAACCAGUGCCCGACGAUGACGGCGACACUCAGCGAAUCGGAGUUGAAGAUCCUUUCGCUGAGGAAAGCGCUCACCGCCACCGGAGGUCAGCAACAGCAACAGUCCCAUCACCAAGCGGCACUGGCACUCGAUCGCUCGUCGUCAUCCGGUCAGCUGCGUCCUUCGCACCACGAUAGUUCGCUCGGUCUGAUGUCCUCGGAUGCGUCACUUACAACGGCCUCGUCCAGCGCUACCUCCUCAUCGCGAUCGAUCCGCGAUCCAGCCGUGCUGGGCGGUGGGCGCCGCGGACCGCACCUCGAGUACCGUGGCGGCGGAAAAGCGGCAACGGCCGCACAGCAAGCGUUCCGAUACGGGCCGGGCCGAACGGGAUCGAUCGAUUACUCGUCGCUGCUGUCCUUUUCUGCCGAUGCUCUCGAACGCCGCCAGCGCUUCAGCUCGGGGAUUCCUUCACGCGACAGGACUUUGGCCGUCGGUUGUGGUGGUGUCAUUGGCUGCGAACCACGCUGCCAUGAGGCUUGCGGCGGCAACAGCCGUGCCAUGGAUAUCGAGCAGAAAACGCGCCUUACGAGCGCCUCGGGGAAAGCUUGCGGCGGCGGCGGUGGCCAUCUCACGGAUAGCGGGCGCAGUAGCACCGAAAUCAAUAGCAGUGAACUCGAAACUCCGUCGUCGUCCUCCAAGCACAGUGAUGAGGACGAGGAGGCUAACAUCACCUUGACUUAA